UUAAAAAUAUAUAUACCACAUAACUAGUUGCAUAUUUGUUGUAUUAUUAUCACACCGUUUCAGAAAAGAUUUCUACAGAUUAAUGUAAAGCUGGCUAGCUACACAAUUAAUAUGGAAAAUCAUAUAUCAGAUUCCGUGACAUUCUAUAGCCCUUUUUUUAAUCAAAAUCUGCUUUCAUUUUACUAAGCAGAACUUGAGGCGACAAUCUAUUGCCAUAAGUAAUACUACCAUGCAUUAAAUAUCAAAACAAAAUUGGAAUCGAACUCCAACUCCUGCCUGUCCAACUCAUCACCAUCCAAUCUAUUUUUCUUACAACCAAGGUUGUUAAACCCCUAUCGAACCCCCCGGUUGGACCCGGUUCAACCCGAGUCGAGCUUCAAAACGGCCUCCAGAAAACCCCCCCGGUCUGACCCCUAAACAGGGAGAAGAAGAGAGGCAGAAGAGAGGAAAAGGAACGAAGGAAGGGAAAUGGUAGGUGGAUCAUGGAGGUUAUGUAGAUUUAUUUUGUUGAAAAUAAGUUUUUAAUAGAUAUAUGUAAGAUAAAUUUUAUUUCACUCAUUAAAUUUUUAAUUACUACUUUAUUUGUAUAUAUAUUUAGAAAACGUCUAAAACGGCUCAAACCGGCCGGAUCCCGAUCAGACCAUUAAACCUCAAACCCCUUGCUUGACCGGCUCAAUGACUUAAACCGGUUUGACAACCUUGCUUACAACAACUUUGUGAUUUCACAUUAACUGUCAUAUCCCAGACCAAAUCUAUGUCUUUAAUGCAUGGUUAUCAUUAAUUAAAUCAAUUAUAGUAAGUAAUUAACAACCUCAUGCACAUCCAUUCAUACGAUUGGACCAUCUUUGUCUUGUAAGGGUUAAUUUGUGGUGGUCGUGUUUUUUUACGUUCAUUUCCUGACACUGAUGUGGUUCAAUAAAGAUUAUUGAAAAAAAUCUAGUUUUUACAUCUAGAAAGACCUGAUCAUAUGCGUGUUAUAUAUAUAUUUAUUUAUUCUUUGAGUCUAACGAAUGAAAAGAAGAUUUAACUCGAAUUUCUGGAUUAUAAUUGUAUGAUAUACCUUAUAUUCACUAAGUCUUAUGUUUGAGUAAAAAGGAAAUGAGAGUCUUCAAACACCGAAACGAAAUUAUCGUCAUAUUCAUAAUAAAAUUGCUCUAAUAGUCAUACGAAAAAUGUUUAUGCUAGAUCGAUGUCACUAAGAAGGUCAACGAAACUUUUUCGCAAAACAAACACCAUCAUGUAAUAAAAAGCAAAUCAAAAUUAAAAUUAAAAAAAGAAUACAUUUGUGAUCGCCCUUUCUCAUCUUGACAAACCUUACCGUCAAACAUCACCGAUAUAUUAAUCUCACUCCAUGGCAUUAAAAAUAUAUCCUUAUUAAAAACUAAAACUUAUCCUUAAUCGUCAUGCAUACAAAAAUUAUAUUUUCUAGUUCCGCCAAAUCGUAUAUAUAGAAUGUCAAUCAACACUUUUAAACCCCAUGAUUCCCCAAGAUUUUCUUCUUAUGGUAUAUUCACUAUUACUUCCAUCCACCCCCUCCCCCUCCCCAAGACAACUAAUUCACAGCUCACUAACUUAUCCACAUUCUAACAAUCCUAUAUAAACCUCACUUGUCACACAACAUUUCCGCACCACCUUCAAAAAAAGCGAUUCAGCUCUCGUUCGCUCGUUGCCCUAGAUCCGCCUGUCGUCGAUUCAUGACGAGGAAGAAGGUGAAGCUGGCCUACAUCGCCAACGACUCGGCCCGCAAGGCCACGUUCAAGAAGCGUAAGAAGGGCCUGAUGAAGAAGGUGAGCGAGCUCAGCACCCUCUGCGACAUCCAGGCCUGCGCCAUCAUCUACUCCCCUUACGACUCCCACCCGGAGACCUGGCCGCCGACCGCCGCCGGCGUCCACGCCGUGCUGUCCCGGUUCAGGAAGGUGCCGCAGAUGGAGCAGAGCAAGAAGAUGAUGGACCAGGAGAAGUUCCUCGGCGAGCGGAUCAAGAAGGCGGCGGAGCAGCUCAGGAAGCAGGAGCGCGAGAAUCGAGACAAAGAGGUGGCUCAGGCCGUCAGCCAGUGCCUCGAAGGGAAGAUGGCGCUCCACAGCCUGACGUUGACUGAUCUUGACGUCAUCUCCCGGUACAUCGACGGGCAGCUGAAGGAUGUCGACCGCCACAUCGCGGAUCUGGGCCGUGGGCCUGGGAACGUGGCUCAGAUGGGCCGGGGUGAAAGCGGUGGUGGGUUGAAUGGGCCGGAUUCGAUUCAGGCCGUUGGGCCGGAAGUGGUUGGGAACAGUGGGCCCAAGGAGGAGUAUGCGGAGAGUAUUGAGAGCAUGCAGAGGCAGCAGUGGUUUAUGGAGAUGAUGAACCCGGCUCCACCGCCGGGGCCGAUCCCGGUGACGGCGGCGGAGUGGCAGAUGGGGUUUGUGGGGGAGGGUCUGAUGAUGAUGGCGCCGUCGGCGGCGGCUGGGGGCGGUGGCGGGGUGCAUUUUGGGGAGAGUUCGAGCGGCGGCGGUGGGGGUAAUGGUGGUUAUAAUAACAGCAAUGGUAAUUCGUUCUGGGGGUGGUAAUCCUUUCUUGAUGGACUGAUUUGGACGAUUAUUGAAUGAUGAUUAAGAUGGGGAUUUGAAUUUGAUUAUUGGUUUAUUCAUUAUUGAGUGUGGGGAGGAGAUGAUCAGUUCGUUAUUAGUGUAAUCGUGAGGGAUUCCGUGGGUCUUUAAACAUAUUUUUGGAUUUGAUUGUGGUUGUUGAUCUUGUGUGCUGUCGUUGUUAAUGUUAUAUUUUGUUGUUGCUGAAAGUUGUGUGAUUGUUUGGCCAUUGCUCCAAUAAUAUAUGUAUGCAGGUGUUAGAGAAGUAGUUUUAGAACUGAGAUUGUGGUAGUAGUUUUAAUUUUUUCGUGUCUUAAUUUUGUUUUGAAAUAUGGGUGGAUUACUGGAUUUUGACUUUCAAGAAAUAAUAUUAGCAUGUGUCUAAAUAGUAAAUAGUAUGAGAUUCAUUACUGUGUGUAAUGAAACGAAGAAUGUUGA